GCUUUCAAGGAGACAGUAGGGGAGGUGUCGGGAAAGAGGGGCCACGCGAUUCUGGGGGAAUCGAGGACUCUCAGGACCGCACGGUGCAACGGGACAAGAGGCCUCGGACUUGGAGGGGCGGCGGGGCGGGCACAAGAAUCCCGAGAUGAGGGAGGAGGCGCAACCCGCCCAGCGCGAGGCGGCACCCGCCAAAUCCCGCGGGAACGGCCCCGGGGCGGCUUGCGCCCAGCUCCCGGUUGCCAUGGAGACCUGGGUCCUGGGCGGGCGCACUGCGAGGGGUGGAGGAGGCGUACCCUUCCGCGGCCUGAGCCCGCGGGUCCACCCGAGUCGCGUGCCGCCCUGCUCCGCCGCCGCGUCCGCGAAGGGUGACCGCGCGUGGCCCAUCGAGGCUCCGAGAGGCGAUGCUGACGGUACAAGGAAAACCAUAUCCUGGAACAUCUGAAUUGUAAUUCAAGCUUGAGCGACCGACGACAGCCAAGAAGCAAACAUGUUCAACUCCACAAGUGAACUGCAGUUUUCGAAUGAAAAAAAUACCGAGCUCUCCCAACUCGCUUCCCUGGCCCUGUCAGGUGACGCAGCAUCCCGCGGAAAAAACUCCACUGGUUUACCCGAAAAAACUGGCUAUCCGGACUCCGUUUACGUUAUGGCAGCAAACGUUUUUCAGGGUAUUCAAAUCGAAAAGUCACCAGACAGAGUCUUAAUAAAGUAUGGGAAUGAACCCCUGCGGCCCUUGUCCAAGUCUAAGGAUGAAUCCUUUCAGCGUUUGUCCUAUGAGUUGGCUUUCAGUGCCCUGAAGUAUCAAGAUAUUUUGGAAACUAUAUUAAUAGAUAGCUAUAUCUUUCCAAGUACCACAAUACCAGAUCAUUUGAGCAGUCUGAUUAUUGUGAUGCUGUAUGAUUUCCAAGAUAGAAAAUUUCAAGCUCGUUUCCUUUCUGAUAAUGAAGAUUCCAUAACAGAAGUUCAAGAAGUAGAGAACCUUCUUAACAGUUUUAAGACAAAAUUGGCUGCGUCAUUGGCAAGAUAUCGAAUCAAACAUGAUGCCCUUUCCAUUUACCACAUUCUUCCAGAAACCAUUAGGAAACAGGAACUAAGGGCCUCCACUUUGCCACUUUACGCUUGGAUAAAUACUUACAAAAUCAGCCCUGAAGAAGUUUACCAUAGUUUGAAGGAAAAAGGCUACAAUAAAGUCAAAUCUAUAUUGCAUAUUGAUGAUAAAGUCUUUGCUGUGGACCAACAUUGCUAUGAUGUAUUAAUUUUUCCAUCUCAUCUUAAAAGUGAUCUUCUAAAUACAGAUCUUUUUAAAGAUUAUAAACUGAUAUUUCAGGACAAAUCUCGAAGUCUUGCUGUUCAUUCUGUAAAGGCUUUAUUAAAUAUGGAUGAUGAUAUCUUACUGGUCAAUACAGGUUCGUGGUACACGGUUGCCCAUAUGUCAGCCUUAACAAAUAAUAAUAGCUCAAAAAUUUUUGUGUGUGGAGUACAAUCACAAGCUAAGCAUCCUGACCUGAAGAACCUUUUCACAAAAAUGGGAUGUAAAAAUAUUGAAAUACUUCACCAGGCAUUUAUUAACAUUGAAUCAAAAGAUAAUAGAUUACAGAAAGUUAAAGUGAUUCUGCUGCUACCUCGUUGUUCUGGACUGGGUAUUAGUAAUCCAGUGGAAUUUAUUUUAAAUGAGCACGAAGAUACAGGUUUACUUAAAGAUUUCUCUCAAGGAGGCACGCCAGAAAGUAAACUUCAUGUUCUUGCUGAACAGCAAUAUGAACAGCUAACACAUGCAAUGAGAUUUACUAAAGCUCAAGCAGUUGUUUACUGCACAUGCUCAGUUUAUCCAGAAGAAAAUGAAGCUGUUGUUAAGAAAGCACUGGAAUUUCAAGACCGUGGAAUUAAAGUACAACCUUAUAGGCUUAGUCCUCCUGUUCUUCCACUUUGCUCCUUAAAGGAAAUACAUUUGUCUACUGAUAAAUUUUUCAGAAUGGAACCAUCUGCAAUUACCAAUGGCUGUUUUCUUUCUGUUCUAACAAGGGAGCGGGACCCAUCUGAGACAGUGUCUGUGAAAGAUGUUUUGGCUCGUGCUGCGGCAAAGGGUCUACUGGAUGGGAUCGAGUUGGGUAAAUCUUCAAAACAGGAGAAAAAGAAGAAAAAAUCAAAAACAUCAUUGCCAAAAGCUUCCACUACUGAUGGCAACAGCAUCCAAAUGAAAAUUGCUGAGUUCCUGAAUCGAGAAACUAAUGCAAAUACUAAUUGGUCAGAAACAUCAACAACAAAAACAUCUCUUCCACAGAAAAAUACAACUCAAGUGGGCCCUUCCUCACAGGUCAGGAAAACCAACAAGCCUGCCACAAACCCUUUAGUGCCUGCAUUUAUGAAGAACACAGCUCCCCCCAGACCAUAUGAACGUCCGACACACUUCGUAAGACAUCGCCCAGAGGACAGAAUGGUUGCAUUGAAACCUGUGGAGAUUGUUUUGCCUCCAGUAAUGUUGCCAUUUUCAAGUCCCCAAGGGAUCAGACCUCAGAUACCAGCUCAACAUUUUUACUGUCAUUGGGCUGGACCCAAGACUGUGAUGCCCAGCUACCUUACCACACCAUUGCUAUCCAGAAAAGGGGACAAGCCUAAAGAAAACCUACCUUCCUUCCUACUCAGAUGUCGCCGACCAUGGCUUUGACUGUCGUUUUUUGUUUUUUGUUUUUUACAGUGCUCAAAAAGCAGUUGAUUUUUUUUUCAAAGUCUGAUAUUUCUCUGAAGGUUAGACAUUCCUACACAAGAUACUCAUCCUUUCAGUCACUUAGUUUCGUCUAAAUGUGACAGUACCUUCAAGAGAAUUAAGACAAGUGAGAAGCAAUAAUGGAGGUGGUUAAGCAAAGCAAAAUGAAGAUAUUUCAACAGCUCAAUGCUGAUCUGUUCUAGAAUGUCCACUUGUAGACUCAGUAUCAGCUGUUGGAACUUGUCUCACUCUUGUUAACGUUCAGUGUGGACUUAGGACACCAUUUUAAAAAAGAAAGCUGCAACAAUUUUUCCUGAAGGGAAACACUGUUUGCCUUAUUAUGACAGGGUUUUUUUUCAAGCUUAUUUGUGAUGCAGUUUAUGAAAAAGCAGAUAUGGAAAAGAUGCCCCCUGCACUGACUUCAGAUUGCUUUUCAGUGUCUAGUCAGUAGUAGUUUAUCAUCUUCAGUCAUUAUCGAGGUUCUCAAAUAUCAAGAGUCUUUAAGCAGGGGAUGAUAUGAGUUUUGUAAUGAGGAUGAGUAGGAAGGAUAAGAAGUUCCAAAGUUCCAGGUGAGGGUAGUUCAGAUGUCCCACUUACAGAGUGAAAGCUGUUGAGAGCUUCCAGGACCCUGAGCAGAUCGAACACAAUCAGCUCUCCCUUCUAUUUAUGCCAAAUACUGUUGUAAAAAAGUGACUGUAAGCAAAUUUCCAUCUAAAUAGUAAUAAUUCUAAGGAAGAGGCAAACUAUUGAAUACAAGUGACACCUAUUGUUGAAAAAACCCUUAAAAAUUUCUGAUUCUAUUCAAAGAUCAGGUUAAAUACUAAAAUCUACAAGUCAUUUCAAAUGGCAGAGUAAUCAAAUUUUAGUAAAUCAUUUCUGAUGCACAAUUAAAAUAUAGCACUAUGUUAAUUAUAUUAAGUCAAUUCAUCUUGAAUGUAUUAUCAAUUGCCUACUAAAAGUUGGUAUGAUUAUAAUUUCUGGGUCGAUCUUUUUUCAUCAUGGCAAAAGAAACUGCUUGACAUUAAAGUAAGUUACAACUAUAAAUCCUAGUGUUUAAAAAAUGUACACAUAGUUUGAAUUGUUCUAUUUUCAGAAUCCCAUUGUGUUGAAUAGUGUUACAUAAAUUCCUAAAUGUUCAAUUCAGGUGGCAUGUUUUUAGGAGAACGUUAUCUUCUUCUAGAUGAAUGUUUAGGUCUAUUUCAGCUCUUAUAGUCUAUCUUUAUUUUCUCACUUGAAAUGAGGAUAAUAAAUGGUGAAUAUCAUUUUAAUAGUAAUAAAUUAUUUUUAUUUUAGCUGAAGAUUUACAUUUAUCAGUAAAAUUUGUCAGUGAAGAAACAAAACUUUUUAUACUCGAACCAGGUUUAUUGUAUUUUAAAUUCCGAAAGGAUUCUCAUAUAACUCUUAAAAUGUACAGAAGUAUUUUGAAUGCUCAGCUCAUUUUACUAAUUUCAGAAAUCAAAAACUAUGUAUCGCUUUGCUCUAAAAAUUAGUUUCCUUCUCUUCCUCUCACUCUCUGGCAUACAGUAGUCCAUACCUUUGGGAGGCCAGUGCAGUUGAACUGAACUUGUUUCGGUGAAGAGCUGCUAUUUUAUCCCAGGAAUCUUUUAUUCUUUUCGAACCCUCUUACUCCUGCCCCAGGCUGAAAAGUAAGUACUCCAUUGUGCAAGAGUAGCAGGUUUGAGAUUUUAAUUUUUUGUGAUGUUAUAAAAAGAAAACUCAUGAAAUAGUUCGGGAUAUUUUUCUGAUUUCUAUAGUAGCACAAUUCGUGUCAUGUCACAACUUUAACCACUUAUAUUCAGUAUCUCAUAGCACGCACCUUGUCACUAAAUUAUUUUUCUCUUUAGAAGUAUAUGGAGACUCUGAAUUAAACCACUCAUUAAUUAAACCUGCAGUUUUCUUCUUUGAGAAUCUUCUAAGAAUGACAUAUCAAUUAUUUAAAAAAUUUAAAUAGUAAAAAGUACUUGGGAUAAAAACAGUAUAAGAAUUCUAGUGAAAGAGAAUAUCGGUAACAGACAUUCUUCUUUCUUGAGCUUCUUAGAAUCAAGUGUUGCAAAAAUCUAAAAUGGAGUUACUGUUAUUUAGAUACUCCAAUAGCAAAUUCAGAUUUUUAUCUGAAAUUAUUUAUCACUAUAAUACCUGAAACCAUGAAACUUUCUUCCUUGAGAGUAGCUGUCUUUGAUCGAGAGAAACUAUCAGGGGAAAUGCAAGAUGAGCCAAAAAUGGGUACAUACUUUAAAUUCGAUUCAUCUUCUUCCACAUAUCUAACAGUUAAACUAAACCAGAUUCAACUGAUUUGUUUUUCUAGUUACCUUUGACUCGGGAUUCAGUGCUUGUACAACUCUAUUCUUCUUUAUGUCAGGUUCUUAAAGGAAAUCAAAGAUAGACUCUCUUAGUACUAGAAAGACUGCUUACACAAGCCUCAAGUUUGGUGACUAAAUAGGCUUGCGUGUCCAAAAUGACAGCUGUUCUUCCAAAUAAGAACAGUGUGAUGAAUUACUCAAAAUUUACUUUCUAGCUCUUACCAGGUGGAAAUAGGCAAUAACUAAUCACAGCAGAAUCUUACAUUACUAAAAUGAUUUUUAAUUUGAGGUAAGAAUAAUUUUGAAAAUGACUAGUGUGGAGACACUAAACUUAUAUUUCUAUUCCUGGAUAUAUAUAUGACUGAGAUGGCAGAUAAAUGAGUCAAACACUUUAUGCAGCUAAGUUUAUUCUCACAACAUAUUACAUUUAAAUGUGUAAAAGUGGUCAACAGCAAAAGGGGCAGAAAGCAAAACCAAAUGUUCUUUCAGGAUCAACAAGCUGCUUUGAAUGGCAGGGGGUGCUCUCAUCAAUCAAGUAUGAACAGUAUCUUUCCCCUGAAGUUGAAAUAAAUUAAACUUCAUUUUACUGGCCGUAUAACACAUGUUAAGCUGUGUAUCAGGUUAAGUAAGCCUGGCACACUAGAGAACGAAUGGUUUUACUGGUUCAAUUGUGCUAAUAUCAGAGCAUUGUUUUUCAUGAAAUCUUGAAUUUGUAUUGCAAUGCUUAUGAAACGAGUGUGUCAUACAAGAAAAGGAGGAAAGAUUUAGGACUUCUAGUAAAUUAUCUUCUGUAGAAUCGUCUUACCAAUGCCAUCAUAAAAUCAUAACGUGGAUUUUUUUAAAAAGCAGCAGUGCCUACAGUUUACACCAAGAACUUACUUUAAUGGAAAUGAGUCUAAUGUGCCUUCAUGCAUCAGACAGACAAACAAAAACAAUGGUCCUAAUUAGCUACGGGUGGAAACUAAGGGCAUGUGGACUUGUGUCUGUCUUUUAGAUGAGAUUACACUGUUGUGAAGGCUACAGAAACGAAGCACCAAGCAGUGCUUCAGUUUGCAAAGGAAAACUUUUUGCCACAGGCUUGUUGGCCAUUCCCCUUGAGGCUGCCCAGGAGCACACGGAUGAGGCUGCGGGUCUGGGACUGUCUAGCUGCUUUCAAAAAUAAAAGGAACUUGAAGCAUUCUGCCUUUUCUUCUACAUACUCCCAAUAAAAUGUGACUACAAGUAAUUACAAAACCACCUUUUAGGCAAAUGUAUAUAGUUCACUGAGAUUACGUAGACCUGGAUACAGUGUGAGAUAAUAUCCACGAAAGAUAAUACAUUAACACAAUAAUGCAGUAUAUUUCCGUAAAAAUAGAAUAAAUAAAAUAAAAAUAUUUUAAGCUGUAUUUAACAGGUUGAUUAAAAAAAUGAUAAGACAUACAAGGCAUAGUGAACAUGGCUGCCUGUUUACCGAGUCACAGAUACAAAGAAUGCAUAGAUAACUGAAGUGUCACUGCAAUAUCAGGUAAAACACUGGCAUCCUUUCACAGAAAAAUACACACAUACUUUCAUACAUACUUUUUGGCCAUGGCAGAAAGUGUCUGAACAUACUAUUUAACAUAAUUAAUUCUACAAAAUUAAUUGCAUUUAGUAUGCAAAGCUAUCUUCCAAACAAAGUAUCUGCAGUAAAGUUUUCAAUACAUAAAGGCUAUCAUUCAUCUUAAUGUAUCCUCUAGUUGCAUAUAUAAAUCAGUUUGCUACUUAAAGCUAGCUCAGUAUUCUUGAUCCUGAAAAUAAACAAACAAAAAUGAAUAGGGGGUUCUGGUAGAGAUUGCCAAUAUAAAAGUGGACUAUUUGUUCAGAAUUUUGAAGUUUAUCACACUAAAACAUUUCAUUAUGGAGAUCAAGAUGAAAGAUCAUGAUUGAAUUUUGAAUAGCUUUCCAAGGGCACAGGAAGGAUUUUCUUAAUGCAGUAAUUUCUUAAGAUGGCAUUGGUUACUGCAGGUAGAAGUAUAUAGGCUGGUGAGCAGAAUUCAUUUCUAUAGUGGCAUCUUUUUUGUCCUUACACUAAGGUCCUAGCAACAGUUCCAGAAUUCUGAGCGAUAGAGGCAGGAGGCCACCUCCUCAUUCCAUCAUGUUCUCUGGUAGCCAGGUAUCAUGAAUCAGAAACCUCUCUACCACAUGUAACAUUAUCCCUGGAAAACUGGCCGUCUGAACAGGCGGUACUGCCUGUGGAAUCCUGUCCUCUGUAACCUGUUCAAGGCACUGUAGGGAAACAGUCCUGCACAGAGAGAAGGCAAGGUUUAUAAUUCAUACCACUAUGUGAGUAAUUUGAACACAUUUCCCUCUUUAUCCAGGGAACUCUAAGAUUUCCUGACCAUAACUGGAUAUGCCCAGAGUAAUUUUGGAAAGACUUCCCAGCUGGUGUGGAAACAGCGUAACUGGGAGUUAGGAAGCAUGGGUCCCGGUCCUGGUUUUCUCACUAACUUUUGUGAGAUCGUAGGCUGGGUGAUGGAGCCUCCUGGUACUUCCUGCUUUUCUCAGACCCGUUUAGUGCCUUCUCUACCUUAUAAAGCUCAAAUGGGACAAGAAUGUGGAAACCAUCUGACAAGUACAUAGCAGUGAAUAAAGCAGUUACUUUUAUUACUGGGUGUUAUAAAAUGUUAAUUUUGACAUUAAAAAAACAACACUAAUGUUUAGAUAGAUCUCCUUAGUAAAUUCCUUUUAAAAGAAUGUCAACAAGGGUCUAAACAUGUGAAUCUUUACAGCUAAAUUUUAUAUCUAUAUAGAGAGAAGCUGGAAAGUGCUAUUUUGGGGAAAGUUGUUAAAUAGUCCAUUGUUCUUAUGCAUAUUUUGCUCUGAUAGGAAAUUUUUAAAUCUUGAAAAUAAAAUGGAAAACAAUAUAAAUUUAAAAAUAUAUCUAGUAAAGUCCAACAAAUUCUAAUAUUAAAUAUAUAAAUUCAAGAAAGGUUGUAAUUUGUUGCCAUGGACAAUACAUGAUGGACAGACAGCUUUCUGGGCAAAAAGCAUUAGGGUAAGAUUGAGCUAGAUGCAGAAUGCUAGCACGUUUACUUCGGAGGUGGACUUGGACUAACAAAAUAACAUGGUGGUGAAGAUCUGAAAUAUAAAUGACAUUUCCUCAACUCCAAAUUGCAUAUUUGCUAA